GGGUCUAGCGCUGAAUGAAUACAGGAAGUGUACAGCGUGAGACUGCAAUUUGACGUUCGCCGGAGCUGAUAACGAAAUUAAGUUCCUCUCUACCAGUAUUAAAUCUCAGACCCAAGAUGGUGGACUCCCAGUACUACCUCCCAAAUGACAUUGGUGUCUCUGCGCUUGACUGCGGCGAGGCCUUUCGUUUGCUUUCACCUCAGGAGAAGAUGUACGCCCACUAUCUGUCACGCGCCGCUUGGUAUGGUGGUCUGGCAGUGCUGCUGCAGACAUCCCCGGAGUCUGCAAACAUCUUUGUCUUGAUGCAGAGAAUCUUCAGGAAGCAGACGCCUGCACAGCUGGAACAGGUCGCCACAGCAGCUGGACUCAGCUCUGAGGAGUACCAGGCCUUCUUGGUGUAUGCAGCAGGUCUGUAUGCAAACAUGGGCAACUACAAGUCUUUUGGAGACACAAAGUUCAUCCCAAAUCUGCCAAAGGACAAGUUGAAAGCUCUGGUGUGGGCUAGCCAGGCAUUUCAAGAGCAGCCUUCUGAGAUGGAGGCUCUGUGGGACAGCUGCUCGGGUCUUCUCUACUCCCUGGAAGACAGACAGAAACAGCUGGGGCUGGGCGACAAGGGAAUUACCACCUAUUUCUCAGGAAACUGCUGCCUGGAGGACGCUGAGCUGGCUCAGAAGUUCCUUGACUCAAAGAAACUGUCUGCUUACAACACCCGUCUGUUCAAGAAGGACAAUGGAGGGAAAGCCUGCUAUGAGGUGCGCUUGGCUUCAGCUGUGCAGAAAGACUGUGCAGUGGACGGGGAAUGCGAGUCCUGUUGCGGCAGCUUCAGCUUUGAAGACAAAGAGUUCACUGUGAAGAGGGGAGACUAUGGUCCUAUCAUGGAGAAAGUCAGCCAUAACCUUCAACAAGCACAGGGGUAUGCUGCCAAUGAGAACCAGAGGAAGAUGCUGGAAGAGUAUCAGCGCAGCUUCACCUUUGGCUCAGUAGAUGCCCACAAAGAGGGCUCACGUUACUGGAUCAAGGACAAGGGUCCAAUUGUUGAGAGCUAUAUAGGUUUCAUUGAGAGCUACAGAGACCCAUUUGGCUCCAGAGGGGAGUUUGAAGGUUUUGUUGCCGUUGUGAACAAGGCCAUGAGCGAGCGCUUCGCCAAGCUGGUGAGUUCAGCAGAAGUCCUGCUUCCUGAACUGCCUUGGCCCCGUGAGUUCGAGAAGGACACUUUCCUUAAACCCGAUUUCACCUCACUGGAUGUUCUCACCUUCGCUGGCAGUGGAAUACCAGCCGGUAUCAACAUCCCAAACUAUGAUGACAUCAGACAGUCAGAGGGCUUUAAAAAUGUGUCGCUAGGCAACGUGUUGGCUGUAGCGUAUGCUACACAAAAAGAGAAACUCACUUUCCUGGAAGAGGAGGACAAGGAUUUGUUUAUCAAGUGGAAGGGCCCAUCUUUCGAGGUGCAGGUUGGACUUCAUGAGCUGUUGGGACAUGGAAGUGGAAAACUCUUUGUCCAGGAUGAUAAGGGCAAGUUCAACUUUGACCAGAGUAAGGUGGUCAACCCAGAGACUGGAGAGCUGGUGUCCAGCUGGUAUCGGGGCAGCGAGACAUGGGACAGUAAAUUCUCCACAAUCGCUUCCUCUUAUGAAGAAUGCCGCGCUGAGUGUGUCGGACUCUAUCUGUGUCUCCAGAAACAAGUGCUCAGCAUUUUUGGCCAUGACGAAAAGGAUGCUGAUGACGUGGUGUACGUCAACUGGCUCAGCAUGGUCAGAGCUGGUCUUUUGGGCCUGGAGUUCUACACACCUGAGAGCAAGAGCUGGAGACAGGCUCACAUGCAGGCUCGUUUCGUGAUCCUGCGUGUUCUGCUGGAGGCCGGGGAAGGUCUGGUGGGCCUGGAAGAAGUCACGGGACAGGACGGCAAGCCCGACGCACGAAUCACGCUGGACCGUAGCAAGAUCCACACCGUGGGCAAGAAUGCCAUCCAUCGGUUCCUGUGUAAACUGCAGGUCUUGAAGUCGACGGCGGACGUGGAAGGAGGCCGAGCUCUGUACGACGGCUACUCCACCGUCAGCGACAGCGGCACUCACAACUUCUUGCGUCUGCGGGAGACGGUGCUGCUGAGGAAGGAAGCUCGCAAGAUGUUUGUUCAGGCCAACACCAGAGUCAGUGGGGACAGCGUGGAGCUGGUGGAAUAUGAAGGCAGCGCGGCAGGUUUGAUCCGCUCCUUCACCGAGCGCUUCCAAGAAGACGCAGAGCAGCUGGAGACCGAUCUUCUGGAGCUGAACAAAAGAGACGCCCCCUGCUGGUGUUGAUGGAUGUCCGGAUUAUCUAUUCCAUAGGUUUCAAAAAUACCAACUGAAAUCAGAUUUUAUUUGUUUGUUUUGGACUGUAUGUGAAAGCAAAGUGAUUCUUAAUUAAUGGUUAAACAGACAAAACUUUAAAAUGAUCCAAAUACUUUUAGAAUACACUUCUGCUGAGACCAAAUUUUGGUUUUAAAUUUUCAAAUAAAGCCAUAAGACUAGAACUGAUCUGACACAGACACCAGCAACAGUUUUCCAACUCCGAUUCUUAAAGCAUGCUGGCUCUGUGUCGGGUCCGUCUACGAUAACUGGAUCAAAUAUGAAUAAAUGAGCUGCUUAUUAGUACAUCACUCUCAUAGAUGCACUUGGAACCAUAUUUUUCUAAUGAGACGUACUGUCAAUUAAACUGAUGCAAACUGACAAUUAGAAACAGAUUCUAGGCAUAAAUGUGAAAAAUUGGCUUUGCAGAAAUGUACGAAAUGAUUGCUAUGACAUGUUUUUCUUGUAUUCAAAAGGAAUAAUUGAUUUUUACAGGCAACCGUUGGCUUAAAAUUAUUCUACCUUUACAACUUAUCCUCGAAGAAUAGUUCCCAGCCUUUGUGUUGAUGACGAUUUGACAGGUUUAGACUGUAAGGCAAAAUAAUACUUCAUGCUAUUAUUUUUUUUUGCCAGGUUUGGAAUGAAUAAGUCAUGGAUUACUUUUAUUGCUGUGUCUGGAAGGCGUAAAAACUCUCUAUGUAAGAAAUGUGGUGAUGAAUCUACACAAAUAAAAAUCUGUUUGAUAAGAA